UCUCUCUCAGUCUCUCUCUUUGUCUCUGUCUAUUUCUCAUGGUAUCAUGACCUGAAUAAAUAACUGAACUCCAGGACAGACAGAAGAAGAAGAAAGUGUUUGACUGAAGUUUUGAGAAGAAGAGCGUUCCAACAGCUGCUCAGGAUGGGCUCAGGCCAGAGCAGUGACAAGCUCCACUGUAAUCGCUAUCUGAAUGGACAUGGUCCUCCAUCACUGCAACAACAAGCUAAUGAAGGGGUGAAUAGAGUGUACAGUGCACUGAGUGUCUGCCAGCCAAAGGGCCAGAUGACCUGGGUGAUCCUCCAUAGAGACCUACCAGGAUUCCCUCAUGACAACACCCUACAGAUCAACUACAUAUUCCCAGAUGGAAUACAGACUGAGAAACACCCUCACCCCGGCCAGCCUUACUCUGGCCUGCGGCUCUGUGCUUACCUGCCUGACAGCCGUGAGGGCAGGAGAGUCCUGAAGCUGCUGGACAAGGCCUUCAACCAUCAGCUCCUGUUCACGGUCAGCACCAACAAUGAUGGAGGGGACGUGAUCACAGCUUCUAUCCCCCUGAAAAUACAACCAGACGGAGGAAGCAGAGUUGAUGGCUACCCAGACUCUGACUACUUGAAGACUGUGAGGAAGCUACUGAAGGAUAAAGGCAUUGAAUAACACACAACACACUGCUGGAGGCACAGACUACUCAACUACAUACUAUCUUUGAAUAACCAGAUAAUCUUUGCCACAUUUUUAUAAAACAUUAUCUGAUGGUUGUUGUUGUCAGUGUACAAUUUGUGUAAAUUGUGUAUUAUUAUACUGCAAUUCUGAUGUUUGAAAUAUACAAUGAAAAGGUUUUAGGCUCUUCAUCUUUGUUCCCAGAUUCACUUUGCAAUAGGAGACACUGACCCCAAACAUACAGACUCAAAGAAAACACAGAGUCCUGAUCUCAUCAUCAUGAGACAGUCUCUUCAAGAUGCUUGGAACAACCUAUCUGCCAAAGACCUGGAGAAAUGUUGUGAACUGUUUUAAGACAAAGGAUGGUCACAACAAAUAUUGAUUUAAUUUAGGUGUUUUCUGUUCAUUGUGCUUUGUAUAAUGUUAAUAAAUAAACUGUUUACCACUCAUAAUUUUGCAUCCUCACUUCACAGCAGUUUUUCAAGUUGCUGAAAC